GACAUGAUGGGAAGUCAUGCGCCUGCAAGGCUAAAAACGCGAAAAAAUAACAUUGAGUAGAAAUUCGCGCAAUAGCACUUCAAGAGAGGCAGAUGAAAGUCUUCUCACUGCUGCGAUACACUUGCGAGGUGGAAUGUGACGCCAAUGGACUGAACUUGAAUACCAAAAUCGGAUUGGCAUUUGAUGGCAAAAUCAGCCGACGGGCCGAUGCAUCGUGGGUCAAAUUGGCCAGAAACUCCUCCAUUCAGGGUCUUGACAGCGAAGUUGUUGCAUUCUAGGAGGUAAUCUGUGAUGCAUUCGGUCAGCGUCGAGGUUUGACCACACUGAUUGGUUGAUAUAUCCGUACUCGGUGGGCAUCUGGUCGACAUGACAAUGUCUCCCAACUGUAUCCCUAGAAUGGUGGGCUGCAAAUCAUCCGGGCAGCCGAACAUUAGCGUCAAUACGCCAAGCGUCUUUGGACCAGCUGUUUUCAGAGGACUCUCGGAAUCCGGAAUGACUAUCGAUCUACUGUAUAGCAGAGGGAGCGCUCAAUGCCCCGUGUUUUGCCCCCAUACUGCCUCUUCUCGCUUACUUCUAUUCCCUGCUUUGUGCCGCUGACGACCACCAUCUGCGCCAGGAUUCCUGCCUCGAAGCGCGUGUCUUUUUAUGCUUCUUCAGCCAUACCCCGUCAACGAGCAGGUUCUCUCCCCCUCAGCUGCACCUUGGCCCGUCAAUCUCUUUGAUACUCCAACAACUUGAUGCUUGAUUGUGCUCUGCGGAUAGCUAUUGAUUCUCUGUAUGCAUGGCAGAUCGUGAUUCUGUUUCCAACACCGCCAACAGUUUCAUCAUCAAUAUCGACGAUACUUCACCCACCAUCUCAUACACACCAGCUCAAGAUAUUAACUCUUCCAACGGGUGGAUAGGGUACAUUUUGGACUCCAGGAUUAGUGAUGAACCUGCUACUAGUGAUGGAAAAAGCCUUCAUGUCACUUCCCUCGACGGGGCAUCACUGAUUGUUCGAUGGAACGAAAUUUGGUUUUGCAGUCAUGUACAGCGAUUUCCCUUUAUGGCGAGCUCACCCUUUCAAACAAUGGCGCACAACAAGUGGAUUCCGUGACUUAUUCAAUCUCUCUCGACGGUACCCCUACAACCAAUUAUGGUUCAUUCUUUUCUUCCCCAUCGGACUACGCAAAUAACAUCCUCGCCUCAUUCGCCAAUCUUACUUACGGCCUACAUACUAUUGAGCUCGUAAUGCAUAAUCCGGAACAAGUCUCGGAUGGAUCUGUGCUUUUGCAGUUUGAUCGUGCUGUCCUCACGAGCGGCGUGCCGCCUGCGUUCUGGGAUGAAGCGACAUCGGGGUCUUCAGAAAUAUCACCAACGACAAGUUUGUUUCCUGAUGACGGCAUAUCGUUCCGAGGACAGUGGUCAUUCGAGCCAGAUCUACUUCCAGGCCACAAUGACACCUUCCAUACCAGCAAGAACGUAGGCGAUCGGGCUUUAUUGUCAUUUAAUGGUACGGCUAUCAGUAUUUCUGGCCUCACGACUACAGUGUCUGGUUCAUAUAAUAUCACUCUCAAUGGAGACGCUCCUGUGACCCUCUCUGCGAAGUCAUCAUUCAACGUUACGACCCCCACCGUACUCUACUACCGGACUGGUCUUGACCCCUCUGUCAUGCACCAACUUGGCAUAGUCAACGUCGGCGCGCCAAAUGACGAGAAUUCUGGCUUCUUUGCAAUGGGGAGCGUUGAUGUGACAGCCGUUGGGGGAGAUACGGGCACGACUAUGUCCUCGUCACACCUGUCGCGUGGCGCUAUCGCCGGUAUUGCCGUUGCUGCAUCAGUGGCAUUCCUCGCUAUCAUUGCUCUAGUCAUACACUGUGCUCGACGGCGGAGGCGUGCUCACAGACGCAAAGAAGAGCUCAUCGUUAACCCACGGUUGGGCCCUAUGCGUCGUCUUUCCUUCCUUGCUCGGUCAAUACGUUCGGGUCGCUCAGGUCGCUCAGUUCAUUCUGCGGAGGGAGAAAAGGACAUACAUUUCAGCUCCAAAGCCCAUGAUAGAAUGGAAGGUGGCGUUCUCGAUAUCCGUGCCUCAAAGGAUAUAGAGGAGUAUGUUGAUGAUAUUGAAGUAGCGAGAGGGAUCCAAGAGGUCACUCAGGUCAGACAUGCGUCGAAGAACUCCGACGGUAGUUUCUCAAUCGACCUACCUGAGCUUCCUCAGAAAGGACAUGUUCACGGCCGCUCGUCGCAAAGUCAACCAGCUUCCCCUGUUCCAAGUCCUCGCAGGGGUUCCCCUGUCUCCUCACCACCGACCAAACCCCGUGGUCCCCGAAGCAUGCAUUCCUCACUACCAAUUCAUCAGCGUGACAGUAGCCGAGGAAUGCUGUUAGCGGAACUCUAUCGGGCAGCUGUAGAAGAGUCAGAGCCAGAGCCAGAUGGUGCGGCAGCCACAAGAGAGCGACGGGAAUCGGAUCACCUUAGUCCACUACGGGUGAAUUUCGAGGACGAGCCGUAUGAAACCACACUGCAGCGGCGGGAAGGGCGUCAUGCUAGCGCGGGCGCCGUCUCACUGCCCCAGUCUUUGAGGCUUGCACUAUCUUUUGGUCAUGUACCGAACUACGACACCAUGCCCGCUGUGCCGAAUGUUACUGUCACCCAUAGCACACCAGUAACUCCUAUCACCCCUAUUACUCCCAUUUCCCCUGUGGUUUUUGCAUCUCAAGAUCCUCAUCUUUCUUUCCUCGAUUUGGAUUCGUCCGCAUCAGCAUCGUUGAGGAGUGAUGCACGAUCAACACGACAAUCGCGAUCCAACUCAACCCGAAGCUCCUCAAAAUCACGAUAUGACAACAUUACGGUGGACUACGCAUCGUUACCCUUAGAUCAUCGGAUAUCUCUCGGACUUUCGAUGGCUAUUGGUGGCGGACCCACGUCCAGUCGUCCCUCUCUUAGUCCGAACAUAUCACUUCAGCCCAUCUCUCUGCCCUCUUCCUCGUCACCCCAAGUACCAACUUCCGGUAUCCCUGAAGAUGCGUCGUCUCCAUUAGAUCCCGAAGCAAAUACUCAAACUUUGGACUUCCUACCUUCGCCCACGGAAUCGAUACCUUAUACCGUUUCCGACAUCCACUUCCGACACUCAUCCUAUUCCACCAUCGACCUGUCCAGUGAGUCACGGAGAGCGAGUGCAAAUCGAUUGAGCGGUAUUCAGCGAUCUCCACAUCCACCACUGCCGGGAUCUCCGACAGCGGCGCAGGCCGAACCGAAACCAUUCAUCGUACAGAAGCUAUUAGGCAUGGCUCCUGCGGGUUCUGGGCCAAGUACACCGUAUUCGAGCCCUAUCACACCUGGGUUUGGCACUGCAGGGCCUUCACGAGGAGAUGCUGGUCAAAGUCCUACGAACGCUACUUUCACACCUCCAGCAUCUGCGCAGAGUUUCCGAAUGCAACCGAGAUGACACUGUUCUUGAACUACUAGGAUAUGUUGUAUACUGUUGUUUUAAUCGAGUCCCAUUGCUUUCGUCCAUUGCAUCUUACAACAAGACUCCUUGUACUUGUAUACCCGUUUCACGAUACGACCCGAUACCUGCUCAUGCGUUACUCGACUCAGUUUAAAGAAGCCUGGCAUGUGGUGGGAGUUCAGUUGUUGACUCUACGGCCAACUUGUAACAUGGCUAGACUGUCGUACAGUCUUGGGCGAGUUCUUGAUCAGUGCAGUGCCCCUCGGUCCUAAAACUUUGCUUGGACAUCCAGAGACCUGAGACUACAUCGAGCAUGUGCCUGUUUCGACUCACCCUCAAAAGCAAUAUCGCUGGCAUUUUCAAACGUUAUUAUGUACAACAUAGUUCUUGCAGGCGAUGAUUUCGGGCACCACGUCAAUCAUGACCACCAGUCAUUGACAUCUCGCCAAGUAGUGACAGCAGCUUUCGUUAAGCUCUCAUACAUAGUGGACCCAUAAGCACACCUAUCAGCUUCCAUGGCACUGCGCAUCUGAGCGUAUUUACCCGCAAAAUAGGUUUCAUUCUCUUGAGAGUCCGAUAACAAUGAUGUGUGACUAAUGAAGGACUGGAAUCGAAUAAAAUCGCCAUAAGACGCU